CGCCGCGCCGCGCCAGCAGCAGCAGCUCACAGGGCUCGGCUGAACGACGCCGCGCGCGGUUCGCGCCUCUUUGCGCACCACCUCAACACCCUUAACCCGCCUCACCCUCAACCACCGCACACGAUGGGAGAGUCGCGCACAGAGCUCAUCCAGUGGCUCAACGAGCUGCUGCAGAUCCAGUACACCAAGGUCGAGCAGUGCGGUAGCGGCGCCGCGUACACGCAGGUCAUCGACUCCAUCUACGGCAAUGUGCCGCUCGGCAAGGUCAACUUUGCGGCGCGGGCCGAGUACGAGUACCUGGCCAACUACAAGGUGCUGCAGGAGGCCUUCAAGCGGAAUAAGAUCGACAAGCCCAUCCCCGUCGAGCGGCUGGUGCGAUGCAAGAUGCAGGACAACCUCGAGUUCCUGCAGUGGCUGAAGAAGUACUGGGACACGCACUCGCCCGGCGAGGUCUACGACGCCGAGGCGCGGCGGGGCGGCGCCGCUGCUGCGCCACCACCGCUGCUGGGUGCGGUGUCCGUCGGCGUGGCGCGCACGUCGGCGGCGGCGCCUCGCGCUGCCGCGCGUGCGCCAGUGCGUGCGGCUGCCCCGGCGGCGGCGCGUGCGCCGGUCCGGGCACCGGUGCGCGCGGCACCAGCGGCCGGGCGGCAGCAGAAGGGCAUGGAGGAGGAGAUCCUCAACCUCACGGGCCAGAUGGACGAGAUGAAGCUGAGCGUCGACUCGCUGGAGAAGGAGCGCGACUUCUACUUUGCCAAGCUGCGGGACAUCGAGGUGCUCGUGCAGCAGCGCUUCGAGGUGCUGGAAGGCGGCGGCGAGGAGGCAGCUCUGGAGCUCGACACGCUCAAGCAGAUUCAGGCCGUGCUGUACUCGACGGAGGAGGGUUUCGAGGUGCCGGAAGGCGGCGAGGCCGCACUUCUCGGCGACGAGGAGGAGACGUUCUGAUGCGGCAUUGCCAGCGCACAGCAGUGCCGCCAAUGCACUCUCUUGCUAGACGUCAGUCAGGCCGCAGGCGCACGCACGGCCGAUGCAAGAUGCAACACGAGGGCUUGAUUGAUGGUGACGCAGAUGGAAGGGGCGAUGCAGAGGCAUGCG